UCCUUUGUGUCGAAGGGUGGUGGUGUGGUGACGACUGACUGGUGUGUGGCCACCGUGUGUGUGACAGACGACGUGUUUUCCAAAAUCUCGUGGCGUUGACUGCCCGAUGCAAUGUCUUUAACAACGCCGGGCAUGAAAUUGGAAAUUAACUCGAGUCCGUUAUACCGAAGACGACACGUAAAUGAACGAAUGCGACAAUUGAACAUUUGUGAGCAGCCAGCGGAUUAUGAUAAUGCUCCAACAGGGUCACCCUCUACAGUUGACACCGAUCACGUUGAACAGCCGAGCUUCCUGAUGUCUCUGGACGCGAUGGCAUGCACUCGCUGUGGAGACGGCUUUGAACCCCACGAGAAAAUUGUCAACUCUCACGGGGAAGUUUGGCACCAGUCCUGCUUUGUAUGUGCUCAAUGCUUCUGUUCUUUUCCUGAUGGCAUCUUUUACGAGUUUGAGGGACGUAAGUACUGCGAGCAUGACUUCCACGUGCUGUUUGCCCCCUGCUGUGGCAAGUGUGGAGAGUUCAUCAUCGGCCGUGUCAUCAAAGCCAUGAACAACAACUGGCACCCGGAGUGUUUCCGCUGCCAGCUGUGCCAGCUCCCCCUGGCGGACCAGGGCUUCAUCAAGAACGCUGGAAGGGCUCUGUGCCACGAGUGCAAUGCAAAAGAGAAGGCUGCAGGCAUUGGAAAGUACAUCUGUUACAAGUGCCAUGGCAUAAUAGAUGACCAGCCCCUCAAGUUCCGGGCCGAGCCCUACCACCCUUACCACUUCAACUGCACCACCUGCAGUGUGGAACUGACUGCCGAAGCUCGAGAAGUGAAAGGAGAACUGUACUGUCUGCGUUGCCACGACAAGAUGGGCAUCCCCAUUUGCGGUGCCUGCAGACGUCCCAUCGAAGAGAGGGUUGUCACUGCUCUUGGGAAGAACUGGCAUGUGGAGCACUUUGUGUGUGCAAAGUGUGAGAAGCCGUUCCUGGGUCACCGCCAUUAUGAGAAGAAAGGUCUGGCCUACUGCGAGACUCAUUAUCACCAGCUGUUCGGCAACCUGUGCUACAUCUGUAAUAGUGUCAUAGCGAGUGAUGUUUUCACAGCCCUCAACAAGGCCUGGUGUGUUCACCAUUUUGCCUGCUCCGUAUGUGACCAGAAAAUGAGCCAGAAGACUAAGUUCUUUGAAGUUGACUUGAAGCCGGUGUGCAAACGCUGCUAUGAGAAGUUUCCCAGUGAGCUACGGAAGAGAUUGAAGAAGGCAUUUGAGAGAGUCCCCAAGAAGAGCAUUGCCUAGGAGACUCGUGUUUUAGGAGAGUUUUAACCAUACACGUUUCAUCAGUGCCUUACAUUAGUAGUACAUGCUUCUAUAAGAGCUUUGAAAUUAACCCAUUUUUAGUGCGCUAAUAUAUUUUCGCUAUGUAAGCUUUCAUGAGAAAUAGCUCAUCGCCAAUUGACCCACAACACGUUGUUGGACAAAGAUAUGUUUAUAACUGCUUUCAGUCUGAAAUAAAUCGAAGAACAAAUUAA